AUGUUAGCAAACAAACGGCAUGUAUGUUUACCACGUCAACAACUACUGAUACCACAACAACAACUACUGAUACCACAACAACAACUACUGAUACUACAACUACAACUACUGAUACCACGACAACAACUACUGAUACUACAACUACAACUACUGAUACCACGACAACAACUACUGAUACCACGACAACAACUACCGAAACCACAACAACAACUACUGAUACUACAACUACAACUACUGAUACCACGACAACAACUACUGAUACCACAACAACAACUACCGAAACCACAACAACAACUACUGAUACUACAACAACAACUAUUGAUACCACAACAACAACUAUUGAUACCACAACUACAACUACUGAUACCACAACAACAACUACCGAAACUACAACAACAACUACUGAUGCCACAACCACAACUACUAGUACCACAACUACAACGAGCGAUACAACCAGCUGCUUCAAAACUAAAUAAUUUACCGUUGAUACUUGGCUUAUCAGCCUUAUGUUUACUGGCUAUGAUUGCUUUAUGUUGCUGCUGUUAUCAUUUAUUCUGGGGCGCGGCUGCUCGUAAACGAUGUCGAAAUCACAAAGAAAAGACAGAAAAAUAUUCCUACAAAACUAUUUUCGAAUCAAAUUCGUUACCACCAGAUUCAAAAAAAAUGAAAAAAGUCUCAAAACCACACAAGAAUUUUACCGGUUAUGAUGUCUUUGAUGGUGUUAAAAGUACUAAUACCGGACGCAGUUCUUUAUUUGCUCAUUCAAGUAGCCGACCAGCGAGCAUUAUGAGUAGCUGCACAGAAUCAAAUUCAAAUCUAAACAAAUUAACAAAAACCGGUUGUAAAAGUUCAGGGAGCGUUAGUGUGGUUAACGUUAAAAGACUUCAACAUUCUGUAGCAAAUGAGUGUAUAACUGCUCCAAUAAUGGCGAUGGAAGAUGUUCCUGAAAUUAAAUUAUCAACCGAGAAAGUUAGAUUAACACGUCUAAAACCGUGUGAGACUCCAGGUACUGUCAGCAAAACUCCGUCAGAAUCCAAACAGUUACGCACAAGAGGUAACAAUAGUGUUAGUGUAAUUAAAAUUCCACGUACAGAAACAGCCAGUGGAGCCCAUUCUUUACCUUCUGCAUUUAAACCAACAGAAAAUGAUAGUUCUCGUCCAGUAUCCGAACCAUUAGCUUUUUCACAUGUUAUAAUAACACGUCUAAACUCGUCUGAAACUCCAGGUACUGUCAGCAAAACUCCGUCAGAACCCAAACAGUUACACACAAGAGGUAACAAUAGUGUAAGUGUAAUUAAGAUUCCACGUACAGAAACAGCUAGUGGAGCCCAUUCUUUACCUUCUGCAUUUAAACCAACAGAAAAUGAUAGCUCUCGUCCAGUAUCCGAACCAUUAGCUUUUUCACAUGAUGGAAUAACACAAGUGCAUAAGAGAUCGUCUAAUGCAGUUGAACCUCUUGCAACAGUAGCAGGCGAGAUGCCUUUGCCACUUACAACUGAUAGUCUCGCAUCAAGCACCCAAUCUCUUCCUUGUGUCCAGUUAACAAGUGGUAAAUCCUUGACUAGUGAAUUAUUCCCGAUGUAUGAAUCAAAUAAAGUGUUAAGUAACUUACAUGGUGUUUCGGUUACGAGACUACCAUGCCCCAAAUCAUCUCAGAGCGUCGCACUCGAUGAUGACAAUAAGUCUAUUGAUGAAAUAAAUGUUUAA